AUGCGCAAUCCUUUGGGGGCUAUCUUGUUACUCGCUGAUGGCAUCCUAACUUCGCUGCCUCCGGUGUCUGAUAGCGCCCAAGCUACUAUGCUGACACCUGAUUCACGACACACGCUUGUCGAUAUUGCAGCGAGCAUCCAACUAUGCGCCAAUCACCAAAAGGUCAUUGUCGAAGAGAUAUUGACGUUCAGUCGACUGGACUCCAAUCUCUUGGUUCUUGCACCCGAGAAGGUCCGGCCAUCCGAAACAGUGCAAACAGUACUAAGAAUGGUCAAAGCCGAACUCGACUACGACCACAUUCAAGGCUCGAUGAAAAUUCAGCAGAGCUUUAUUGAUCUUGCGAUUGACAACGUUCUACUUGACCCGGGGAGACUUUCACAAGUUAUUCUCAACUUGAUGACUAGUAAGUAG